AUAAAAAAGCGGUUCGUGUGUGCGGCGCGCUCGCUUGUUAAAUAGUUAUAAACACAGCUACUACCUACUACUAUACUAUAUUAAAAUAAAUAAAAUUAAUUUUUUUUGUUGUUUAUCGUUCGCUUUCAACGCGCUACGUUUUAAUACAAAAUCGGCUUACGCUCAAAUCUGAAGUGUAUUCCCAUUACUGCUUCCAAAUAAUUCUAUCCUGUGGCGGCCUCUGGUGUUUGUAAUAAAUAUAUAUUUUUUUCGGCGCGUUUAUAGUGCGUAGGUGUGUGUGUGUGUUUCUCGCAACUCGUGUUGUGCCUGAGUGUGUGUGUGUGUGUUUUUUUUUUUUGUUCUGUCGUUUUGCUCCAGAAUUCCAUGAAACGACAAAAAUAUGCAAAACAUUAACUAAAAAAAUUCACAAUAGGAGAAAGCACAACCAAUUGUUACAAAAAACAAAAUUAUAACAGCCAGUCUAAACCAAAAAAACAAAAAAAAAUACCAAAUAGAGAACAGGCUGUCAUCAUAAUAUAAAAGAAACUCCGCGCAGCAUGGACAUAAUCAAUAAAUUCAGCGGUGCAUUUUGGAGCACGCACAUUUGGCUGCCGCCAAAUACGACAUGGGCAGAUAUUGCGCCCGGUUCGCGUCCCGAUGUCGUUCAUGCCGACUAUCGGCAUUUAAUUUGGCCAAUUCCGCUGGCCGCCGUCGUUAUGCUUGUGCGUUACACAUUGGAGCGCUUUUGGAUAUCGCCAGUGGGUAAAUCGCUGGGCAUACGUAGCUCUAGACCUAAGAAAGCGGCAAAUGUUCCUGCAUUAGAGUCGGCAUAUGCCAAGUCAACCCGCUUGGAUCACAAAUGUCUGGCUCCGCUGGCGAAGCAGGCGGACAUGAGCGAACGUCAAAUUGAACGCUGGUGGCGUCUGCGUCGUGCUCAGGAUAAACCAUCGACUCUGGUCAAGUUCUGUGAGAACACAUGGCGAUGCAUCUACUAUCUGUAUAGCUUCAUCUUUGGCGUCAUUGUGCUGUGGGACAAGCCCUGGUUCUGGGAUGUCAAGAGCUGUUGGUAUGGCUAUCCUCAUCAGUCGGUGAGCAACGACAUCUGGUGGUAUUAUAUGAUAUCGAUGUCCUUCUACUGGUCGCUAACUGCCACGCAGUUCUUCGAUGUGAAGCGCAAGGACUUCUGGCAGAUGUUCAUCCAUCACAUGGUCACACUCUUGUUGAUGUCCCUCAGCUGGGUGUGCAAUCUGCAUCGCGUUGGCUCCCUCGUUCUCGUCGUCCACGAUUGUGCCGACAUCUUCCUGGAGGCGGCCAAACUAACCAAAUAUGCCAACUAUCAGAAGGUCUGCGAUGCCAUCUUCGCCAUCUUCACCGUCGUCUGGAUCGUCACUCGCCUGGGCUUCUAUCCGCGCAUCAUCUACAGCUCAUCUGUUGAGGCACCACGAAUUCUGCCCAUGUUCCCAGCCUACUACAUUUUCAACACGCUGCUCUUGAUGCUGCUCGUCCUGCACGUCAUCUGGACCUAUAUGAUUCUCAAGAUUGUGGUCGACUCAUUGCAAAAGGGACUGAUGUCCGGCGACAUUCGGUCGAGCGAUAGCGAGGAUGUCACAGAUAGCUCAGAGAAUGUGCGCGUUGCCAACGGAGGCUCAACGCGUUCCAAGUCAAAGGCGGCAGCCGCAGCUGCUGCAGCUGCAGCGGCAGCUGGAGGAGCCGCAGGAUCGGGAGGCGUCACUCAGAGGAAGGUGAACAACCACAACACAGCUGAGGGAACGGCGGCGACGGCAAAGUAAGAAACUUUUAACGAGGAGGAGUCCAGCAGAAGGAGGAGGAGAAGAGAAGCAGGAGGAGCAGGACUAACAGACAAACCGAGACCAGUAAAAAAAAAAACAAGCAUAAAACACAAGGAAACGGAUUAACACCAACACCAACAACAACAACAGCUAAAGAAGAAACAACAAACAAACAAAAUGAAAACGAAAAACAAAACAAACAAAAACCAAACCAGUUGAGAACGUUUUUUUAUGUUAAUUAUUAUUUUUUAUAUAUUAUAAAAAAAAAGUAUAUAGUAUAUUUUUUUUUAUGAAAAAAAAAAACCAACUAAAUUUGAAUAAAUGCGAGCAAAUAAAACGCAAUUAGCAUUUCAAAUUAUUUAUUAAAACCAAAAAAAAAAAACAAACAAACAAAAAACGAGAAAAAAAUGAAAAAACAAAAAUAACAAAUACAAAAUGAAAAGCUAGGAGUUAAAUUAAUCAAAUUAGUUCGAGGCAAAAGGGCAACAACAACAACAACAACGGAAAAAACACCAAUUCUACAAUACGAAUUAUUGAAUUAAACUCUUAAAUCGCUUAGUCAACUACUAUAAACAAAAAAAAACAAAACAAAA